AUGUAUAACGCUUCCACGGAUACAAACCGUCUGGCCCAAAAACAGAGCCCCGCUCUGGAUGAAUUCGUUACCGCAGUCCAUAGCAAGAGCAAAGCGAGAAGACUAGCGACUUGUGCCAUAGCUGCGGCUGCGGCUACCGCCAUAGCUGCGGUUACUGCCAUAGUUGCGGCUACUGCUAUGGCUGCUUCUACUGUCAUGGCUGCGGCUACUGCCAUGGCUGCGGGUGCGGCUACCGCCAUAGCUGCGGUUACUGCCAUGGUUGUUGCUACUGUCAUGGCCGCUGCUACUGCCAUGGCUGCGGGUGCGGCUACCGCCAUAGCUGCGGUUACUGCCAUGGUUGUUGCUACUGCCAUGGCUGGGGCUACUGCCAUGGCUGCGGGUGCGGCUACCGCCAUAGCUGCGGUUACCGCCAUAGUUGCGGCUACUGCCAUGGCUGCUUCUACUGCCAUGGCUGCGGCUACUGCCGGGGCUGCUGCUACUGCCAUGGCUGGUGCUUAUGCCAUGGCUGGUGCUUAUGCCAUGGCUGGUGCUUAUACCAUGGCUGGCGCUUCUGCCAUGGCUGGUGCUUCUACCAUGGGCUUCGGCUGCUCUCCUAGCUCCGGCUGCUGCCAUGGCUGGGGCUACUGCCAUGGGUCGGGCUGCUGCUCUGUCCGUCUUCGCCCUCCCAUUGAGAAACCACGGAUGACCGAGCCAACCGCGGUCGUUCUGGUGCCGCUGACCAAGUGCGGCGCUACCGGGCUCGAGGGCCCGCUGUCUUCAGCCUCACCUUCCUGCAGAAUUCCGCGGGAUUCCCGACCUGCGCCGCCGGAUCCGCUAUGUGGUAGGAGACUUGAGAGGGCGCCCUGA